CCUCCAGUUCCCUCCCUCCCUCCCUCCCUUCUUUCUUUCUUUUGAGCUGGUUAGGCUCCUUCCUGGCACACAGCAGUGCCCUCGCCAACUUCCAGGUUGGCAGCAGGAAACUGCCAAGCUCCCUCCUUUCUUUCCCUCACCUGGGAAUUCCAGCAUGGCAAUGGCACCUGGGCCAGCUUGGAUGCCUCGCCGGUCCGGUGCCCACCGUUCUUUGGAGAAAGCCCUCCAGGGGAUAACCAAGCUGCAACAGCUGGUGUGCCAACCUCAGGUAGCACUUCGGAAUAGCCCACCUUACCUGCCGUCCCUCCUGCCUUGCAUCUACCAGCACCUGAGCCUUAUUCGUGAGCAUUACGGGGCCGGUUUGGCCAAGGUUUGGGAAUCAGACUUCUUUCGUGUUUUUAUCCUGAAUCUGCUGGAAAAGAUUAAGCAAACCACGAGGCUAUUCAGAAGAGGAAAAGACAAGGAGGAGAUUUUGCUGGAAGGCUCGGCUGCCAGGAGGAAUCUAACGAAGCUUUCCCUGAUCUUCAGUCAUAUGUUGGCUGAACUACAAGCCGUGUUUCCCAACGGGGUGGACCAAGGCAGCACGUAUCAGCUGAGCAAGCAAGAGGCCCAGGUUUUCUGGAGGGGCACCUGGAGGGAACGGAGCCUGGUUCCCUGGUCUGAAUUUCAAAAAGGUCUCCAGCAAGUCCAUUCGGUAGAUUCUGGUCCGAUGGCCGUAGCUUUGAAGUCCACCAUUGACCUGACCUGCAGUGGCCACAUCUCCAUAUUUGAAUUUGACAUCUUCACUCGUCUCUUCCAGCCUUGGCCAACCCUGUUGAAGAACUGGACUUACCUAGCAGUAACACAUCCAGGUUACAUGGCGUUCCUCACUUACGACGAGGUGAAGGCACGGCUGCAGGUAUAUGUCAACAAACCGGGCAGCUACAUUUUCCGGCUCAGUUGCACCCGGUUGGGCCAGUGGGCAAUCGGCUACGUGACGGCCGAUAGAAGCAUCUUGCAAACCAUCCCACAGAACAAGUCCCUCUUCCAGGCCCUGGUGGAUGGACACAAGGAAGGCUUCUACCUGUAUCCUGAUGGGAAAAACGUGAAUCCGGAUCUGGCAGAAUUGAUGGAAGGCUCUGCUCGAAACCGAAUUAAGGUCUCCCAGGAACAGUUCGAGCUCUACAGCCAGGUGGAAUCCACCUUCCAGCUUUGCAAAAUCUGCGCCGAGAACAACAAGGAUGUUCAAAUCCGGCCGUGCGGGCAUCUUCUCUGCCGGGAAUGCCUUAAGUCGUGGCAGCUUUCAAAAUCCCCCACCUGCCCCUUUUGUCGCCAGACGAUCUGGGGCCACGAAGAUGUCGAGGUCAGCCCUUAUAGCUCCAAAGAGGGCAGCCCUACGACCAAGGACGAGAGCGACGAGGGGGAUCUGGAGGAUGUGGACAUGGUGUUACAACAACUGAUGCUCAUGCGCCAGACUCAAGCGAGAGCAGGUCCCGUUUCAUCUCCCAAUCCGGACUCCGUGUUGCAAACCCCUCCAGUACCUCCAAGACUAGAUCUCCUGCCGCAGAGACCCCCGGCUCUUCCUCUUCCAGACUAUCAAACUGUCUCCCCUUCGGCCCACUGGAUCAGGGAUCGCCCCUUGCCAAGCCUGCCUCAAGAACUCCCUCCGUCCAUCCCGGCAUGGAACACCUCCGCAGCUUCUCCAUUUGAGGAGAGGCGACAGGAAUCCCAGCGAUGAGCUGCUUGCAGACAAUCCGGGAGCAGGGUCGUAUCUGAUCUGCGCUGUCCGAUUGGUGGAAUUGAGUCUGGGGGAGCCCGCCAGCGGCUCUGUCUACUCAGUCCUUCCACAUGGCCAAAGGAAGGAGGAGUUGGCUUACUCACAGUUCUGAUGCUUCACCCAGCUUGCUUUCCAACGGAAGGAAAUCAGCCGAGCAAAAUCAGAUUGUCCUUUUGGAAGGACAAUCGGGAUGUUUUUAGGAAUGUUUUACAUAACACGUGUAUUUUCCUGGAUGAGCUACCAUGAUUUCAUUAUUCUAUCCGGAACUUCGUAAGCAUGGCUAUCACUAAACAUCUGAAGAAUCACACGUCCCUGUUUCGGGAAAAGAGGAUCUACCGGAUAGUAACUACAUGAUCACCAUUCAUGCCUUUUAACAAUCAUUCUCGACCCUUCCUUUGCCACAAAACCCCGUCAAAUACCUUUUGUGGCCACGGACCCUCAAGACUUAAAUCAUAAUAUUUCUUCAAGCCCCAUGAUGACAUCGUAGCCGCGAUGGUGCAGUGGUUAAGCAUCGCAGGCUAACUCUGCCGACUGCCAACAGUUCGAUCCUGACCGGCUCAAGGUUAACUCAGCCAUCCAUCCUUCCGAGGUCUCUAAAAUGAGGACCCAGGUUGUUGGAGGCAACGCGAUGACUCUGUAAACCGCUUACGAAGCGAUACAUAAGUCUACUGCUCUUCCUCUUUCCCUUCUCCUUCCUUCCUCCCUCCCUCCCUCCCUCCCAUCGUUCCAUGGUGCACAGUGGUUAGAGUGCAGCAUUGCAGGCUAACUCUGCCAUCUGCCAGCAGUUCGAUCCUGACCGAUUCAAGGUCGACUCAGCCUUGUGUCCUCGCGAGGUCGGUAAAAUGAGGACCCAGAUUGCUGGGGGGUAAUAUGCUGACUCUGUAAACUGCUUAAAGAGGGCUGUAAAACACCGUGAAAUGGUAUAUAAAUCUAAGUGCUAUUGCUAUUGUCCCCCAGGGCUCCGCCGACCACAAACUGGGGAAGCACUGCAUUAUAGCACAGUCGCCUUAUUCAUUUUGGAAAGAGAGUUGGCUUUUCUAACUUAUUUUUCUCUAGGAAGCUGUACAUUUCUUCUUCAGCAGCUUUUUCUGUUCAAAACCUUACAUCCGGAGGAGAAAGCAUCAGAAUUAAACUUAAGUUGAUCAGCCUUUUUUUUUUUGUAUCUGGAU